AUGCCAGCUACUAAAUACUCCCUUCUGUGCGCCUUGGGUCUCAGUUCAUCUGCUCUCGCUGCCUACAUUCCAUCUGAGCCAUGGUCAACCUUGACACCUAAGGGAGACUACGCCGGUACUAUUACCGACUACUCCAGCACUUUCGGUAUUGCUAUCAACCCAGUUGCUACUGCUGCUGCCAAGGUCAAGCGUGAUGCCGUUUCUCAAAUCGGUGACGGUCAAAUUCAGGCUGACACUACCACCAAGAGCACUGCUGCUGUUGUGACUCAGAUUGGUGACGGUCAGAUCCAGGCCACCACUUCCACAAAGACUUCCGCUGCUGCUGUCGUGACUCAGAUUGGUGACGGUCAAAUUCAGGCUGACACCACCACCAAGACUUCCAAGACCAAGACUUCCGCUGCUGCUGUCGUGACUCAAAUUGGCGAUGGUCAAAUUCAGGCUGACACCACCACCAAGACUGCUGCCGCCGUUGUGACUCAAAUCGGUGACGGUCAGAUCCAAGCCGACACUACCACCAAGACUGCUGCUGCUGUUGUGACUCAGAUCGGUGAUGGUCAAAUCCAAGCCGACACCACCACCACCACUGCUGCCGCCGUUGUGACCCAAAUCGGUGACGGUCAAAUCCAGGCUGACACCACCACCAAGACCACCAAGACCAAGAAGACCAAGACCAGCACCAAGACCGGAGUCAGCCAGAUCAGUGACGGACAGGUCCAAGCCACUUCUACUUCCUCCUCUGCCGCCGCUUCCUCUUCUUCCUCUUCUUCCGACCCAGUGACUCAAGUCUCUUGCAAGUCUGACGGUGCCUUGUCCUUGACUCUGUCUGGUUCCAUUUUGACUGAUGGUAAGGGAAGAGUCGGUUCUAUCGUCGCAAACAGACAGUUCCAGUUUGACGGUCCACCACCACAGGCUGGUGCCAUCUACGCUGCCGGUUGGUCCAUCACCGAUGAUGCCAAGUUGGCCAUCGGUAACACGACUGUCUUCUACCAAUGUUUGUCUGGAACUUUCUACAACUUGUACGAUGAGUCCAUUGGUGACCAAUGUACUGAAGUCUACCUUGACGUUGUUGACCUGAUUUCAUGUUAA